CAUUCCUCUCUCUCUCUAUCUCUUCUCGUUUUGGCUAUUUCGAAGAAGAAGAAUAAUUUUUUUACCUAAGAGAGCACAACACGGCACGCAGAUUCAUAGAGGGACGAUGGAUAAUGAUUUCAGGAUGAAUAUAGUUUCUCUAGAGAUGGAUCGCGACGCUGCUGCUGAGGCUUCUUCUGAAUCUCACGGCGAGUCGACUCUAUCUAACUCGCUCGAGUCCGCUGUUACCGCUGAGACCUCUCCUUCUCAUGCAGAUUCGAAACUGGGUGAAUGUGCUGAGUGGACGAAUGAGAAACACAACUCAUAUCUUGACUAUUUAGAGAACUCCUUUGUUAGGCAGUUGUAUUCCUUACUUGGAGGAGGGACUCAGAGACUUUCUAGAACUCGUGAUGUGCAGUCUAAAGGGACUCAGAGACUUUCUAGAACUCGUGAUGUGCUGCAGUCUAACUCUCACAAAUCCACUGAUCAGUUUACUGUUCUACAAAAUGGCUGCUGGCAAAAGGUUAACUUCGGAAAGAAACAAGCUCAUUUGGAAACAUCGUCUGAGUCUCUUUUUCAGAAAAAUUCAUUAAGAAGCAAGCCUCAAAAUUCCAACGAAAAUUAUACCAUGGGAACUGAAGCCCAAGGACAUGUGUUAUGUCGUGAAGAAACCAAACACUCAGAGGCGUCAGGUCAAAAUUUCAUAGAAGACGACGGAAAAGAAGAAGAGAAGGGAGAGGUGAGCAGAAAACGCGAAAGAGAAGCAAAUACUGAUGAUAGUUCGUUGAAGGAGGAUCAGGUUGUGCCGGUAAGGAUGGUGAAGCCCAGAAUGUGAAAGCAUUAGGAAGUGUAGAUGAACUACUACUAUGAAUAGAGAUAAAGAAUAGAAGGUGUGGGUUACGAAUGUGGAGAAGGUUUUGUUUGUUGUAUAGAGUGAGGCUAAAGAGAGCCUUAUAAAGGGAUCUAAUGGGAUGAAAAUAGCAUUGGUUUUUUUUUUUGUGUCUCUUUAAAUUUUGUCUAUGUUAACUAGGGAAAAAAAUAUUUGAUAGUAGUCAGUAAUUAGUAUGAUCGGCAAUUUAUAUUCUUUUUCUAUUUUAUUUCAUAUAUCACUUUUUUACUUUAUUUCUUUCUCUGUCUCCAGUUUUUAGAACAUUGUUUUCCAAUGAUUUUAUAAAUUCUUUUAUUAGUAA